GAACUACAGCGCCAUCUACGCCGGAAUUCUCCCUCCUUCGCUAUCUUUCGUAGUUCCUUGAAAAAUCCUUUAAAAAUUCCUCUCCUGGACAUUCUGGGAGACUCCAGAAGAUGUCAGAGAAUCCCUCAGGUUCCAGUAGAACCCUGAAGCAACUAAAUCGCGAAAGACAGAACUUUUUUAAGCCUGGAGAAUGCCACAAAUACAUCACCAUUGAGAUUGAUCCGGGAAUCCUGGGUGACGCCUGUGGGUCACAGCUUAUGCAGGAACUCUCCCAGGCGGAUUUUCGUUGUGAAAUGAAGCAGCAAAUCGUUCCAAUGAUCAUCACUUGGACGCGAAGGAUCCCACAGGAAGAGCCAGAAGCUGAGAAUUUCCUCCUGUACAUCAUGCAGGGGCAGGAUAUGCUCGACAGUAUCAAAGGGAAGGAGUUCAUGGGACGCAUUGAGAGCCUUCGAGGGUUAUUUCCCACUCAGAGCGUUGUUCUCAUGAUUUAUGGCCUCAAAGAUUGCUUCCGGAAGAGUACUCGGGAUGUGUCGAGAUUUGACAUUGAGAUGGUUCUCGUGGAAGCCCAAAUCCUGCACAAUUGCAACCAUCGCUUGUUGGAGAGUCCCGCAGAUUUGGCUGCAACUGUCAUUCAAUUCUGCAAAAGUAUCGCUGAAGGACCUUUCAAGAAGGGGGAGAUUGAGAAAGCCCUCACGGAGGAUUGCUACUUCAGCAAUAACAGCAAAGACAACGUAAAGAUUCAGAAUGGAGUUGGAUACUCACGUCUGUGGCAGGAACAUCUCAUUAAAUUCCCUCAUGUCACUCUGGAAGUAGCCCAGGCCAUCUCCACAGAGUACCCAAUGCCUCAUCUCCUGAUGGAUGCUUUGCAAACUUCUGCAGACCCAGAAAAUCUCCUCACAAACAUCCCUGUACGCAGAUCCGGAGGACCCCUAGCUACCCAAAGGAAAGUAGGACAGGAACUCAGCAAGAAAAUCCACAAAUUGUACACAACAGAGAAUCCAGAAGAGAUUUUAUAAUGAAUUUUUAUUAAUAAACUUUUUUUACAAGAAUAAAUCUCAACGAAAGAUUUUAUUGAGACGCUUAUCGGCAUUCCUGGCCUUCUGCCCACGACUACGGAACUUUGAGGCAUAGUCGUGCCUCUCUGUCUUCUCCGGACGUGAUCCUCCUUGGAAUUUGCUAAAAUCCACCGAAGUAUAGUCAAAUUCCGCUAAUUUUGCUUCCUGCUGCAUCUUUUUCAGUUUUUUCCGCUUAUUCCUGCUCAUUUUGGGUGUUUCCGGACUGGUGGACGCUGCCGGGGGCUCUGGCGCCUCUCUAUGUGCCUCCUUACGGGGAAUUUUACCAGCUGGCUCACCCCCACUCCCCUCGGAUUUGCGUUUCCCGGAUUCAGUUUUAAUUUCAGGCGAAGCCACAAUUUCCGGAAGAACUUCCGAAGCUUCUGGACAGAGUCUUCGUUUCUGCUUCUGUGCCUCCUCCAAUUGCUGCGCUUUGCGCCUCUCCUCCUCUGCAAUGGGUAUCACAGCUCGGUACCGCUGAUAUGGGCUAACAAAGGGAAUCUUUGGGAGAUUCUUCUUGGGAUGCUUCUCCUCGAAAAUUGAGACUUUUGCAUGAAGCUUCCGCAUGUCCGGAAGUGCUGGGACGUUCGGGGGUUCCACCGUGUCAAGAAGUGUGGGAAGAUUGUCCUGAAUUUCGCGUGGGAGAUCAUGUGGACAGUACAGGAAGCUAUUGAUAUCAAUGGUAGUUCCGGGAGCCAUUCGUGGUGCCUCCUCAGCUAGAAUAACCUUCUCCAGGGGCUGUUCACGUGCCUUGAGGAUUAUUUUGUGAAUGUGCAGGAGAUGCUGACGCACCAGCGGUGGCACAGGGUUGCAGCAUGCCAGGAUUCCCUGCAUCUCACGCGGGAGGACUUCAGCAAUGUGGAAGAGCAUGUGAUUGGGCAGGACGUAGGCACAACUCUCAUCCUCCUCCCGGGCAAUCCCAUCGCGCCAAUUGAAGAUCUCCCGGAAGGCAAAAAGCUGACGAUUGUCAAAGUUCUUCUUGGACUUCCUGUACAGCUCCAUGUGGGAAUCAAGCGUGAGUCGUGGCUUCACGUAGCGCUUCCGGCAGAUCUCCGUGCUCUGCUGAUAGACACUCCGGAGCCAAUUUGGCUGGUAGUUGGCCUUCCGGAGAAGCUCAUUCCGCAGCAUAUCGUACACGUAGAGAAGGUAGUGUGUGUCCCGCCGCGCGUAGGCCACGAGUUCUUCCGGAAGUGGCCGGAUUCGCCAAUCUGCCAGCUGGAACGUCUUGUCCGCCUCAAUGUGGCAGUAGUGCUUGAGGAGGUAGGCCAGGGAAGCCCUGGCAAAGCUCAGCUUCCUCGCAGCUUGAUGCGUAUCAAACAUAUUCACCACAUACAGCGAGAGAUCCUUCUGUAGCCACUCAAUGUCACAAUCCGCCCCGUGGAAAACCUUCACAAUGCCAGGAUUCGUGAAAACUUCAUUGAGCACAUGCAGAUCCUCCCUCAAGGUCAAUGUGUCCAGAAUAUAAUCCUUGUCACGCGUUGACAGCUGCAUGAGACAUGUGAAGCCCUGGAAGCUGCGAUAGGAAUGAUGUUCAAGAUCAACAGCAAUCUCCUUGACUUUCCCCAACUCCUGCACCACUUCCGGAAGCUUCUCAGGGCUGUCAAUGAACACAAGGGGAGUUUCUUCCACAUCCUUUGGCGGCUUCUUCGGCGCAACCUUCCCCAAUUGCUCUUCCGGAACUUCAAAUCGACCCAAUUCCACCUCAUACGGAUGCAGGUACGACUCAAUCAUCCCAUCAUCCCCAUAUUCCGCCAGAAUGGCCAGAGGUUUCAAACUGUUCGGCUUGUAUUUGAUCCUCGGCUCAAAUGGGGUGCUAUUGCGAUUAUCCACCGGAACCCGGAAGUUCACCUGAGGCCGCAGGAUGUUCUUUGCCGUCAGCAACUUUGCCUCCCCCAUACUGUUCCUCCCACUUGAAUGUCGCCUCUUCUCUUGCGGACUCAGAGCCACUUCAGCAAGAACCAUCUCCGGAGCCUUCUUCAACCCCGCCAUUUCAUCCAAAUUCGAAUUUAUCCUCUCGAGCAUUGAGUCAUUGCACUCCAGCACCAAAUCCAUCCGCUCAUCAUCAUCCCUUCGUUGGAUAUUCCCCCGGAUGUUCUGAUGCUUGAGAAUCUUCCCAACAAUGUCGAGAAUUUUAUCAGAUUCCCCAUUGACGAUGCGAAUAAACGACGGUUGGGCACAAUAGAGAUCCCUCGAAGCACCCGCAGGAAGUGCCAAGGAAGCCUUUGUGGCGCUAAUAAUCUUUCCAAGGCC